ACAAGAGGGUUGUGGGAGAUCGAACGAAUUGAUCAUCAUCAAUUGAGAACGGGAAGAUUGUUUUGCAUUAUUCGUUAUACAUACCUAGUACAUACAUUGGGCACUUUAUUGCACGAGCGGAAUUCGCUGGUAUAUCGUAUCGAGACUGUGCUGAGAGUCUUAUUUACUUACAACCGAAUCAUUCCCUGUCAUCUCGUUAUUUACGAAUCUCAGUCAUCCAUUUACCAAUCAAUUCAUCAUGACGACCAACAAAUUGCAAGUAUUCAAAUUUGGUGAUGGGGUCUGGGACCCGAGCCAUCGGUUUGUUACUUCGUGGUUGUUGUCUCCAUGGGCGCUUUUUGCUGUUAGAGCUUCAAUUUCCCUCUAUGCAUUUUUCGUCCUUCUCUUCUCCAUCUUUUGGGAAAUAGCUCGAUUACCCAACGGAGGCGCAACCGCCCGAUUCAGCUUCUCUUAUUUCACCAUCUCUGCUACUGGGGCAUAUCCUUCUACUUCUUCUUCGCCGCCCUCCACACCUUCAGCUACGCACGCAGCGGCAUCCCACUACUCUCGCGCUUUCCGCGCGCCCUCCAAGCCCUGCACUCUCUCUACUACAGCAGCAUCAUCUGCUACCCCAUCCUCGUCACCAUCGUUUUCUGGGGCGUCCUCUUCCGGGUCUCGGUCCCCGUCGGCUGGUUCCCCACCGCCUUCGACGCCUGGUCCAACAUCUCCGAACACGGCCUCAACUCCCUGUUCGCCCUCUUCGAAAUCUGCAUCCCGCGCACCGCGUCGCCGCCGUGGAUUCAUCUCCUCUGGCUCAUUGUCAUUCUGGCCUGCUACCUGGGUCUCGCGUAUGUCACGGUGGCCACGAAACAUCAAUACGUGUAUUCGUUCUUGAACCCGCAGGUGGCGCAGCAUGGAAUGGUGGCCGCGUAUGUAUUUGGGAUUGCGGUGGGGAUUUGUCUGAUUUUUGCGGUGGUGAAGGGGGCGGUUAGUGUGCGAGUGUGGGUGACGGAGACGAGAGGGGGGAGGAGAGGAAAGUUUUCAAAGGUUGGGGAGCUGCAGAUUGCGGAUGUGGAGAUGCAGAGGUUUGAGGGGAAGGCUUGAGAGGAGGUUGCGAGACAGUUGAAAGAUCUUGAAGAAAUCAGAAAGGUGGGAAAUACCCGCAUUAGUGCGUGACGACACAGAUAGGAUACGCAGAACGAGUAUACGAUAGAUAGGUAUGCGGUUCCUGGUUAUAAUACAUACGAUCAAGUAGUGGUAAUAAGCGGAUGGAUGAAAGACCCUCCUACCGACCUACCGACCUACCGAACUACCUACCGACCACGAUACCUACCUACUCAGACGAACACGAAAGCACCACGGCCGCAGGAAACAGAUACAUAUUAUUCAAUUUGGCGUUUUGGGAGAAAUAGGGAGAAGGGAUAGCGAUACCCAUGAUUAUACUUAUAUUCAUAUUCUUAUGCAUGUAUUAUUGAAGAUGCGAUGCGAUGAUAUAUCUUAGAGAGCGAGCGGAUUAGAUUACAUUAUAUAGAUAGGUAUUUAAUACAUGACAUUCAUAUCAUCUAUUAAAAGUACCUAGGUAGAUGUAGCAGAAGACCUAUGUGUAAGUAAUUUAAAUCUCAGGUGUGUAUUUUCACCCCUAGACAUAUCGGAUAUGAAGCAUAAAAUAAUUUCCAUCCAUUAAAGAAAGAGAUUCUAUAAAA